AUGGAUGCAUUCAGAGCAGCUGAAAAUGAGUCGCUGUUGUCCAGUUCCUCUGGUCCUGCCAGAUGGGAUCCCUUCCGUCAUCCCUUGGACUCCAUCCAGCCCUGGCACUUCAGGCUUCUGGCAGCAGUAAUGUUGGUGGUGACCUCCCUGUCACUUGCUGAGAACCUGGCUGUAAUCUUGGUGACUUUGAAGUUCAAGCAGUUGAGACAACCUGUCAAUUAUGUUAUAGUCAAUUUGUCUGUGGCUGAUUUCCUGGUCUCACUCACUGGUGGCAUCAUCAGCUUUUUAACAAAUCUGAAAGGUUAUUUUUAUAUGGGAUACUGGGCUUGUGUACUGGAAGGAUUUGCUGUUACAUUUUUUGGCAUUGUUGCUCUCUGGUCUCUUGCUCUGUUGGCUUUUGAGCGGUACGUUGUGAUCUGCCGCCCAUUGGGAAAUAUGCGCUUGAGGGGGAAGCAUGCAGCCCUAGGUAUUGCCUUUGUGUGGACCUUUUCCUUCAUUUGGACCAUUCCACCAACAAUGGGUUGGAGCAGUUACACCACCAGUAAGAUUGGAACUACAUGUGAGCCUAACUGGUACUCAGGAGCUUAUACCGACCACACGUACAUUAUGGCAUUCUUCGCCACCUGUUUUGUAGUGCCUCUGUUGGUGAUUUUGGUAUCCUAUGGAAAACUGAUGCGGAAGCUGAGAAAGGUGUCGGAUACACAAGGCAAUCUGGGAACUAUCAGGAAACCUGAAAGACAAGUGACGAGGAUGGUGGUUGUUAUGAUCAUUGCCUUUCUCAUCUGCUGGAUGCCAUACGCCGCCUUUUCUAUCCUAGUCACUGCGUGCCCCUCCAUGGAGCUGGAUCCUCGUCUGGCAGCAGUUCCAGCUUUCUUUUCCAAAACAGCUACUGUUUAUAAUCCCAUUAUUUAUGUGUUUAUGAACAAACAGUUCAGGAAGUGUCUGAUUCAGAUGUUUAGCUGCAGUACCACAGAAACUGCAGAGUCCAAUAUGAACCCGACUUCAGAGAGAGCAAUGCUAACCCAGGACAAAAGAGGCAGUGAGAUGUCCGCCAUGGCAGUACGUAGCUCCAUUUCUAAGAGGAAAACCGGAGAUGAACACCAAAAUUGCUCACCUUUUGCUCAGUUGGCACCUUCAGAAAACAAAAUCUGUCCCAUGUAG